AUGAUUAAAGGUACUCAGAAUACGAUAAAAGACGACACCCCCGACUACUUUGACCAGAGCUUACAAAACGUGGUCAACAGCUUAUUUAAAAAUGAAAAUGAAGUGAAUUUUGUCAGCCGAUUAAGCAAUUACGGAAAAGGAAAAAAUGCAUCCUGGUUAAUCAGAAGAGAGAAAGAUCAAAAUUUUUAUUACAAACAUGAAUUGGAAUAUGAGGGUUACGAUGGAUUCUAUAAUAAUAUGGCACGCCCUGAUUCUGGAGCAAUUGACGGACUUCUUUUAAGGAGGGUUCCAAAUGCUUAUGAGGAUGGAGUCUACAAGCCCGUCGAAGGUCGUCCAAAUCCUCUCCUCCUCAGUGAAAAACUCUUAAAAGGAAAGACUGGAACUCAGUCUGCGGUUGGCCGUAACGCCUUUAUUGUGUAUUUUGGCCAACAAGUCGUCGAAGAAAUCUUGGACGCACAAAGACCAGCUUGUCCUCCAGAAUACCUAAACAUUCCAAUACCACCCAAUCACUCUUACCGCACAACAUACAAGCAUUCGGAACUACCCGUACUCAGAACAAGGUACGACCAAAGAACUGGAUAUAGCCCCAAUAAUCCCAGACAACAAUUGAACGAAAUCACCCCGUAUCUAGACGGAAAUUUGAUUUACGGAACAACCAAACAGUGGGCUGAUCAGCUCCGUAGGGAUGAAAAUGGCAAAAUUGCACCCCAUGGUAAAUUGGCAAGUUCAUAUUCGGGAAGGUUUCCUGCCUUUAACACACAAGGGUUACCCAUGGCUAACCCACCUCCGCCCUUCUACCACGCUGACCACGUAAAGAACCACGAAACGGCCAAAGUAUCCAGAUUUUUCAAGCUGGGUAACCCCCGAGGAAACGAGAACGCCUUCCUGCUAACGUUCGGCGUGCUGUGGUUCCGUUGGCACAACCACCUAGCCGACCACAUCUCCGACCUACAUCCGUAUUGGAGCAACGACAAAAUCUUCAACGAGGCCAGAAAAUGGACCAUAGCCACCCAACAAAGAAUCGUCAUGUACGAGUGGCUCGACCAAUGGGUUCCGGGAAGCGCAGAGGCCCUUGGACCCUACAAAUACGAUCCACAUGUCGACCCUCAGAUCGACCAGUUUUUUCAGUCGGCCGCUUUCAGAUUCGGACACACGUUGGUGACGGCCGGAGUCUAUCUUAGGGAUUACAUCCGGUCCGGCUGUAAAACUAAAUUCGACGACUGGGGUAAAAACACGGUGCGUACUUGCAACAUUUAUUGGCGCCCUCAGGAACCGAUGCUGACUUUAGAAAAGGAAAAUGGGAAUGUGAUCGACAUCGACCGGCUUAUUAUGGGGAUGACGACGCAGUUUAGUGAAAGGGAAGACAACAAAAUUGUGGAGGAUUUAAGGGGAAACGUGUUUGGACCGCUAGAGUUUCCCAGAAGAGAUUUAAUGGCCAUUAAUAUCCAAAGAGGGAGAGAUCAUGGUUUACCCGACUAUAACACGGCACGUGAAGCUUAUGACUUACCCAGAAUUACCUUUGAUGACUUUUCAAAUUUCGGUCGAACUCGUCAAGAAAUUGAAGACUUAAAACAGAUGUACAACCAUGAUGAUAAAAUUAUUGAUGCAUGGGUAGGUGGAAUAUGGGAAACAACUGAAAGGGGUCCAGGACCACUGUUUUCUGCUGUUAUUCAAGAUCAGUUUAGAAGAAUUCGAAAUUCUGACAGGUUUUGGUACGAAAAUUAUAAAAUGAACAAAUUGUUCACGAAAGAAGAAGUGGACAGAAUAAAUCAAAUAUCCAUUUACGACGUGAUUAUGGCAGUAACAAAACUUGACAAAGACGACAUUCCAAAAAAUCCCUUUCGAGCCCCCGUUGAGGGAAGUGAUACAAAUCUUAUAAAUCGUUGUAAACUAUCGAAUACAGUUCGAUAUAAUAAUAUAACUUACAAAGCCUUGCCUGCAUUGAACGACGCUGCUUUAAAUGAGUCCUGCGUUCAGGGAGAUACUUACGAUUAUUUCUCAAAAAGUGAGGUGUCUUUUAUUGCGACUUUUAUUUUUAUAGGCACCUUUGUUUUUGGAGCUGUUGGUGUGGUAUUUUUCUUGAUACACUAUUAUGAUAAAAUAAAAGAUGAGGAAGAGAAGAAGAGGGGCGACUGCUAUAGAGAGUCAGUAAUAAGAAAGUCUGCUAAAAAGGAAUGCAUUUUUAUGGUUUCCGCCAUCGAAUGGAUAGAUAAAAACACCACCAGAAAAGUCUUAAUAAGACUCAUUGACAACAAAAUUGAAUUGGAAUCUUUCAGCGGUAGAAGGUGUAGGUCUUUUCCGUUGAAACGAGGAGAAAAAAUAACGAUAUAUUAUGUAAUGGAUGAACCCACUUUGGUGAUACAAAUGGAAAAUAGAUACGACUUGGUUUUAAAGUUUGAAGCAGAUUCAAUGCGUCGUGAAGCAGGAAGAAGGAUCGAACAAUUAAUUAGUGAGUUGGAAAUGCAAAAAACCAAGGUAGAGAACUAUAGUUUCAGAUGCAUACAUCUUUGCACCCAGAAAGAAAGACAGGAACAAUUAGAGAAGUUCUUUAGAGUUGUGUUCGAUCAAGCCUUUGAUAUAAAUAACGCUUCUAAAAAAGAUAAAGAGAUUUUUAAAUUUAAUAAGGACAAAAAAGACAUUGUUCACUUCCAACUGACAAUUGAAGAAUUCGCCGAAUCUUUGGGAAUGAAAGCCAAUAACAUAUUCGUGACAAAAUUGUUCGACUUAACAGACAAAGACAAAAGUGGAACCAUAAAUUAUGAAGAGUUUCUAUCUUUACUUGCCAUACUUGCCAAAGGUGACGAAAAGAAGAAGGCUUCGUUGUUAUUUAAAAUACAUGACUUAGACAACACAGGAUCCGUAUCAAAAGAGCACUUCAAGAAAAUGAUGAAAUCCUUUUUAGAAACUACAACAGAAAACGUUGAUGACAAAAAUUUAGAAACGUCCAUAGAAGUGAUGUUGAAAAAUGCUAAUUUUGAGCAUAAGGAUAUGUUUUCGUUGGAAGAUUUUCAAAAAAUAAUUGGUGAUGACGUUCUUAAUAAAACUUCUCUUGGAUUCAGCGGUGUCAAAAACUCCUUUUUCGACAAAGUCACCAAGGAAAUGUCAAAGAUUUAUGUUGGAAGAGGCAAACUUCAGAAUAAUCAACAAGAUACCACCAAUGUGAUAGACAAGGAAGAAGGGAUGACAAUUAAGAAGAAUGAAACGCAUGAAAUCAAUCCCAUCAUCAAAUACAUAGAAUUGCAUGCCAAAGAAAUUUUCUUUGAGUUACUAUACACACUUGUACUGUUAGCCAUUUUUGCUGAAAGAGCCUACUAUUAUUCGGUGGAAAGAGAACACUCUGGGCUUAGAAGAAUAGCAGGGUAUGGAGUAACAGUAACAAGAGGUGCUGCAUCAGCCAUGAUGUUUACAUACUCAUCUUUAUUGGUCACGAUGUGCCGAAACACUUUUACUUACUUAAGAAAUACCCAUCUGAGUUAUUACUUUCCCUUUGAUUCCAUGGUUACAAUACAUAAAUUUAUCGGUGUAUGGGCCUUUGUUUUCACAUUAAUACAUAUAAUAGGACACGCCUUUAAUUUCUACCACAUCUCAACUCAAACAGCCGACGACCUGACAUGCUUGUUCAGGAAUUUCUUCCAUUCGACUCACGAACUACCAAAAUUCCACUACUGGUGUUGGCAAACUAUAACUGGUUUCACCGGCGUUGUUUUGACGUUAAUUUGGGCAGUAAUGUACGCCUUUACUUUUCCAAUAGUCAGAACCAAAAUUUACAAUUGGUUUUGGUACACCCAUAACUUGUACCCUUUGUUCUUCGUCUUUAUGAUCCUUCAUGGUACCGGAAGGUUGAUCCAAACUCCUUUCACCCAUUACUACCUUCUUGGUCCACUAAUUCUAUUCAUUAUUGACACCCUAAUAAGUGUUUUCAGAAAAAAAAUUGCCAUACCAGUAUUAAAGGCAGAAAUAUUGCCCUCAGACGUAACCAUGUUGAAGUUUGUAAAACCACGAGGAUUCCAAUACAAAUCAGGUCAGUGGAUCAGAAUAGCUUGCACGGCUCUUAACCACAACGAAUACCAUCCAUUUACAAUAUCUUCAUGCCCGCAAGAGAAAGAAUUAACCGUACAUAUAAGAGCUGUCGGUCCCUGGACGAGGCUUAUCCGAGAAGUCUAUCAGUCGGUUUUACCUGAAAAUGAGCUUCCAAAGAUUUAUAUAGAUGGGCCAUUUGGUGACAGCCACCAAGACUGGUACACUUAUGAGAUUUCAAUUUUGAUAGGAGGUGGUAUUGGAGUCACACCUUUUGCCAGUAUCUUAAAAGACAUUGUUGGAGGGCGCUCUGACAAUAAUAUAUGCAAGAAGGUUUACUUCAUGUGGGUUGCCCGAACUCAGAAACAAUUUGAAUGGAUGUUGGAUAUUAUAAGAGAAGUUGAAGAUAAGGACGAAAAAGGACUGAUCAGUUGUCACAUUUUUAUCACAGAGUUUUAUCAGAAAUUUGACUUAAGAACCACCCUUUUAUACGUUUGUGAAAAUCACUAUCAAAGAUAUUACAAUAAGUCAAUGUUUACCAAUUUAAAGGCAGUUACUCAUUUUGGCAGACCUAAUUUUAAUAGGUUAUUUAAGACAAUAGAAGACAUGCAUCCAGAGGUUGAUCGAUUUGGAAUAUUCAGUUGUGGACCUCCAACUCUAAGCCACGGAGUGGAUCAAUCAGUAGCUGAGUUAAAUAAAACGAAGAAACUAUUUGAACAUCAUUUCAAAAACUUUUAAGGUUGUACGAAUAUUAUUCUUAGUAGUUAAGACAUGGAAAAGUAAUUAGAUGUUUUGUUUCAAUAUACAGAUAAAAAAUAAUAUUGAAUUAUUUUAACAGUA